CUUCAGGGAACUGUCUCUUCCACAGGAAACAGCCCUCAACCUGGUCAUACAUUAUUUAAGAAACUUUCUCUGUGCUUAAAUGAUAAAUCCCUCCCUCCCUUCGUUCUAUCUCAAUCAAACACCCGAUCCUUCUAUAGUUCUUUCUGUUCUUCUUUCUCCGAAUCCCCUUCUUCACUCUAUUUACCUCACAAUCGCCAAUAUCUUCAUAGGCUGUGACUAACUGAUGGCCCCAAUAACUUGUCUACGCGGCCUGAAAGUAGCAGUCACUGUGGCUUUCAUCUUUUUUCUCACAUUUAUACCUCCCAAAUCAGGAUACGGCGAGAGUUUAGCGCAGAAGGUAAUGGUGCUGGGAUCAAAGCCACCUGCUUGUGUGAACAAGUGCUUGAAUUGCAGGCCUUGCAUUGCUACGCUAGUCAUUCCUUCCCACCAAAGGAAGGGGAGUUUCGCUGCAUGGUCUCGUAAUGAAGAUGACACCUACUAUCUCCUCACAUGGAAAUGCAGAUGUGGGAAUAAGUUCUAUCAACCAUGAAUAUCUCAAUCACUCACCAUUCUGUUUGUAGAAAACUGUUACAAAUUAAAGAGCAGAAAAAGGCUCAUAUGGCAAGGCGCCUCUCGUCUCUCGUCUCUCGUAUCACUUGUAGUUUGCUGUAUGAUAUCAUUAGAUUUAUGUGAUUUCGAUCCCAUGCGGCCCUGCACUCCUUUACUUCAUCUUUUCUAAGAAAAUAUUAUUUUUAGAUAAGAUAUUUUUGGGUUGCUUUUUAGUCGCAUUGAAUGCUUGAUGCGCUUGCUGAUCAUAAUGAUCGGACUUUUUAAGCUAAUAAUAUAGUGUUUGGUUUGACGAUACCCAUAAAUUCCUCUAGUUUCAGCUACUGCCUUUAUUGCAUUUAUACGACAUCUAACAUGGAGCAGAAUUAAUCAUGUCUUCCCUUCGAUCCCUUUCUGACUCAGUACGUACCCUCAUGAUUGAGCAAGACUAAUAUGAUACGACAGGUCAAGAGCUUUUCAGAAACAAGCACGUACGUACGUAGCCAUAGAUGAAGAUCAUGAUCACGUCCAGCUUCCACAACCUGAGGAUAUAUAAAUGAUUCGUUUUAAAGCCAUGCUGAGAGGGUUUGGACGGAUGGAGACUCGUCAAAAGGACGUUAAUUGCUUUGUCUCGGGGAUUGCCUUUGAAAUUUGAAUAUCUAUCUUGUCCGUUGGUAGAAAGGGUUUCGA